GAAAACCGUCCUGUUCCAGAACCAGGUCCCAAUGAGGUCCUCCUGCGCAUGCAUUCCGUUGGGAUCUGCGGGUCCGACGUUCACUACUGGCAGCAUGGUCGGAUCGGCAAUUUUGUCGUCAAGGACCCCAUGGUGUUGGGGCACGAAGCUUCUGGGACUGUUGUCAAAGUGGGCUCAGGGGUGACUCAUCUGAAACCAGGUGACCGUGUGGCCAUCGAGCCAGGUGUGCCGAGAGAAAUGGAUGAGUUCUGCAAGACUGGUCGCUACAACCUGUCUCCAGCCAUCUUCUUCUGUGCAACUCCUCCCGACGAUGGCAACUUGUGCCGCUACUACACACACAGUGCCAGCUACUGCUACAAGCUUCCAGAUAAUGUCACAUUUGAAGAAGGAGCCCUUAUUGAGCCCCUCUCAGUGGGAAUCCAUGCCUGCAAGAGAGCAGGGGUCACUCUGGGAAGCAAAGUCUUCGUGUCUGGCUCUGGACCAAUUGGCCUUGUCAAUGUGAUUGUUGCUAAGAUGAUGGGUGCAGCAGCUGUGGUAGUUACAGAUUUAUCUGCCUCUCGCCUGCAGAAGGCCAAGGAGGUGGGGGCAGAUUUCACUAUCCAGGUGAAGAAUGAGACCCCUCAGGAAGUGGCCUCCAAAGUGGAAAGCAUGCUUGGCUGCAUGCCCGAGAUAACUGUGGAGUGCACAGGAGUGCAAGCCUGCAUCCAGGCUGGCAUUUAUGCCACUCGCUCGGGUGGGACCAUGGUGCUGGUGGGGCUGGGACCUGAGAUGGUGACAGUGCCCAUCGUGAACGCAGCCGUGCGCGAGGUGGACAUCCGCGGGAUAUUCCGCUACUGCAACACGUGGCCUGUGGCCAUUGCUCUGCUUGCAUCCAAGCGCAUCAACGUCAAGCCCUUGGUUACACAUCGCUUCCCCCUGGAGAAGGCUCUGGAGGCUUUCGAGACCACCAAGAGGGGUGAGGGGGUCAAAGUCAUGCUCAAGUGUGACCCCAAUGACCAGAGCCCCUGAGCUGCCGUGGUGCCCAGCCCUCAUCCC